AUCUGCCUAGUCGCACAUUAAGCGUUCGGCGCAGCGGUUGUCAAAUGCCGCCUCGGGUCGACGGUUCGUCGGAGCCACGGCAUAAUAACAAUAACGUUGAUAAUAAUAACAAGGAUAACAAGGAUGUCAGGCUACUGUUGCUGCCAGAAGCAUCCGCGGAUACAACGAGUCUCCCCGCACCACGUGCACCGCUGCAAAAGAUUUUCAUUGAUGACCUGACAAAGGGCAUGACAACGGGGCACGACGGCGAUGCAUCCCCACUGAAGCGACAGCGUCCAUGGCGUGUGCCCUGGUUUAUAUUGCUGAUGUGCUUUAUGCAGCUAUCUCUGCAUCUGAUUGCCAAUGAGUGCAUGCAAAGAAGACUGAUCUACAAGCCGGAAUGGAGUCAUGAGUAUUGGCGCCUCAUCACCUACAUGCUGCUGCAUGCCGAUGCCUGGCACCUGACGCUCAAUAUUUGUCUGCAGUGCUUCAUUGGUGUCUGCCUCGAACUGGAGCAGGGUCACUGUCGUCUGGCCGUGGUCUAUUUUGCAGGCGGCCUGGCUGGUGCCUUGGCCAAUGCCUGGCUGCAGCCUCAUCUGCUACUUUUGGGCGCAUCCGCUGGCGUCUAUGCCAUGCUCUUCAGUCAUGUGCCACACCUGGUGCUGAACUUCCAUCAGUUGUCGCAUCGUUUUGCCCGCAUUGCCGCGCUGCUGAUCUUGUUCCUCAGCGAUGUGGGCUUCACAACGUUUCAUUUUCGCCAGCAUCACAAUCGCAAUCCGCGCAUCAGCCUGGAGGCGCAUCUGGGUGGAGGCGUGGCCGGACUGCUGUGCGGCUUCAUCGUGUAUCGACGUGUGCAGCAAAAGUCCAAUCAAAAAUCAAUUUAUUUGUAGUCUCAAUUAGUUGUAGUCACUGUGUAAUCUGCCUGUCUGUCAUUAUUAUUCUCGGCAAGCCGACCGGAAUCGAAAUUGCAUAAAUAAUUACUUUACGCCGUGUUUGGGCUGUCUCGGCACACGCUCUUUUUUUUAAGUUUCUUUCUUUUGUUUU